UACUGUAAGUGCAGUAGAAAACAAAUUAAUGCUUAUUCAUGGUUUACAUUUAUCAUGACUUGGAGAUACAGGGACGCAACACAUGAGCGAAUUUAUUGGGAAUAACAAUUCAAGAUAAUAAGAAAGAAUGGCGUUACCUGAAGGAAUGUAUAGGUUUGUUCCUGGCGAAGAAGAAUUGCAGAAAUUCAUAAGUUCUGCUGCGAAUCAAAGCGUACGACCGUACAACACGAAUGAAGAAUAUCUUUAUGCUAUGAAAGAGGAUUUGGCCGAAUGGUUUAAGGAACUUUACCAAGUCAACAUUUAUGUCGAUAACUUCAUUGAAUUUUUACAAGAUGGAAAUCUGCUUUGUGAACAUGCAAACAGUGUCAAUGAAAAAGCCAAUGAAUUUCGAGUCCUGCAUCGUGGGGAUCCCAUACUUGACCGAAUAAUCUUACCAUCCAAAACUGUGCACUAUAAUCCGGGUCGUCAUGCAAGUACCUUCUUUGCCCGAGACAACGUUGCCAACUUCAUUGGUUGGUGUCGUAAGGAACUUAGAAUCGCUGAAGCCGUUAUGUUUGAGUCUAAUGAUUUGAUCUUGAGGAAAAACGAAAAGAAUUUCAUAUUGUGUUUACUUGAGGUUGCACGACGGGGGUCAAAGUUCGGCGUACCGGCUCCGGUUUUGAUUCAAAUGGAAGAGGAAAUUGAUGAGGAGAUUGAGCAAGAUUUGAGGGAUGAACAGAGUGAGGAGGAGUGUGAGGAACAGGAGGAGGAAAUAAUACGGGAACCCCCUAAACAGAAAGUAGCUUGUGAUUUCAAGAGCUUGGAUGAAAUGGAAUAUCAUCUAUGGUGCUUUAACAAUAUUUUUCAAAAUGUGUAUUUUUCUGCUUCCUAUCAGAAUGAGGUUCAAUAUAUCCUUGGCAUGUGCACAUGUCCGACUCAGUUUCCAAUGGUAAAAGUCAGUGAAGGAAAAUAUAAAGUUGGAGAUUCGAAAACACUAAUAUUCAUGAGGAUCUUACGCAACCAUGUCAUGGUUCGAGUUGGGGGAGGAUGGGAUACAUUGGAACAUUACCUGGACAAACAUGACCCAUGCAGAUGCAACCGACAUAGGGUCGAACAAAAAAUUGCGACAAGGUCAAGCCUCAACGCAAAGCAAGCAGCAGAGAUCAUGAACAAAGCAGGAACUGGUGGUGGUGGGAGCAGUGGUGGUUUGAGUCAACCUAGAAAUUCAGAGUUAAGAAAAAGCAGGGAUGACUGGAGCAAUAACAACAUCAAAAGCCAGAGCUUGCCCGGUUUCAACAACACCAUGUCCACUGUGUCACCUGGUCGAGGAUCAAAGGUCAGGGAUGAAAGUUCAACGCCACGAGAAAGCAGGAAAUCAAAAAGCACAAAUAGAACCUCAGAAGCAAUGAAUCAGAACAGUAACCAUAGAAACGACAUCAUGGAUUACUUUGAUGUUGAUGCAUCAUACAUUGACCCAAGGCAUGCACCCCAGAACAGGGCUCGGAGCAGGUCACCAGCCCCAGAUAGAGGGUCAAAAUCUCUCUCACGGUACAGUACAGACAAUAAACGACAAAGCAAUAACCCAGAAAUCAAAAUCACAAAAUCCAGCAGUUCUGAUUUAAAUAAUACCUAUCCUGGAUCAAGAGACUCAAAAAGUGGAAAUUUACGAACUUCAAAAAAUAAUUUAUCAUUACCCGGGGGGAAUAAAUCACCCCCGAGAAGUCCGACUGAGCGAAGAAGCAAAACCCCAACUCCUGGGAACCUGCGUUCCUCUUCAACGAGUGCCUUGUCACAUGAGUACUCCCCACCGCGUCGCUCCGUGACCCCUACCCCCACGUCGACCUCAGAGCGGCGAGCGGCUCUUAGUGUAUCUCGAUCAAAAAGCCCAGAUCCAGACAGAAUGCUACGUACUAGUACAAUAGAGGAGAAAAGAAAAUCAACCACUAGAGGGACCAAAGGGCCACCGUCUUCGUACAGAAACUCCGAAACGCUACCUCGAAACUACAAAACGACUGAGAAACACCCAAAACUGGAAACAACAAACUCUCGUCCGUUAACGCCGAGAUCAACAAACACUGAUAGGAGAUCAGCUUCAACAGACAGAAGAUAUAACUCAUUACCGCGACCUUCCUCUGCAAUGGCUAUACAUAGAGAUGAUGAAGUUGAUUCUGGUAGAAAAUCAGCAACCUUGUCAGCUACCAGGGGAAGCGCACAUCACAAAAGUAUGCAGGAUGUACGCGAUUCGAGACCAGCACGUCCAAAAUCAGCUCUUGGAAUCUAUUCCUCAACAAGCAAUCUUUCCACUGUGCCAUCCAGUACUAACAAUGCAAAGAAUCAAGGAAGAAAAACUGUGGCUUCAACCACUGCAAAUAAUUCUAUGCAAACAUUAAACACUAAGAAUCGUUCCCAGUCUAUGGACAACCUGCCCAAGCAGUUAUCAACUCCUAGUCCAAGUGUUACUCAGAGGAAUAUGUUCUUUGAAAGGUUAAGUCGACCAAAAACGGCUCCCAAGAACAAGACAAGAAGCAACAUAGUAGAUGAAAACGUCCUAUUGGUUGAAAGAAAGGGAGAAGGAAGUCAUGUUGUGCAGAGGAACACAGUUCAAAGGCCAGAUUCACCAAGAGUGGAACCACAUCAUUCCAAUCACGAUCAUGCAAAGUUGAUUCGUGAAAGCAGCACCAGUAGCGAUACCAGCUCUCAGAGCGCUCAUCAGCAACAACCAAUCACUCCAUCAGAUCUACGAUUACGAAUCAAUCGCAACGAGCCUGAGAAAAGGUCAUAUAAAGUUCAAGGGUCAUCUGUGGGGUCAACACCUUCACCGUCGAGAGAUUCCGCUCUAGCAAGUAGUUUGAGGUUGAGUGUCAGUAUGACUGGUUCACCUGAAUCCCCGUCAUCCCGAGUAUCGUACUCUUGGACACCCGAUAGUGGUGGAGAUGAGCUCGAUUCGCCAUCUAGUGGUCAUCCUGCACAUACUCCCAAAAUAAUUGAUCGACGGAAACCUAACGAUUCACAUCUAAAAGCUCCACCGAAACGCAAAGUAUCUAAAGAAGAAGUAAUACAUGUCGUUCGGAAUCCUGAAGGUCACCACCAGUGGGAGCACACUGAUGCAAGUAUUGAACAAAGUCAGGAAUACAUUGAAAUGAGUCCUUACAAAGAUCAACUUUCUCCGAGAUCAAGUCGCAGUGAGAAACCGCUAAGGUCAUCCUUAAGGAAAGGGUCUUCCUCAUCUGAGUCAUCAGCUAUCAGUCCAGGGAAUAGAAACCCUCCACCUUCUAACAGCCGUGUCAGUAAAGCGCAAAUAACGAUUGGAAAACCAGCUCGAACAUCUACGCCGGUAAAUAACCGGAUCAGCACAGCGAGAGAGUUGCAGGUCGCGAGUCAUAAUUACAGACCGAAGAAUGAGGUUGGCUCGACUUCAUCCAGUUCUAUGGGAUCUACAAGAUCGUCCAUAGAUGGAAAUCGUAGGAAAGGAAACAGUUUGACAGAUGAAGUUCGAGCGAUGUUAUUCACAGAAGAUGGGAAGCCUCGACCUUCAAAAUAUAACACCAAACGUCCAACUACACCGCACACUUCAACAACACCCCGAUCAGCAUUGAAACAAAGACCUGUGACCCCAAGAAGUGAGACACUUCCUCGACCAAGCAGAGCACAAGCUCGACCUACGACCCCUGUGGCUCAAACUCGAACCUCAACGCUAAGAAUGAGACCAAAAACACCGGAGAAUAGACGAGGGGUUCUAACAAGACAGGAGAAAUUAAAGUCUUGGGAUGGACCCAGCCCUAAGAAAGAGCCAGAGGUUUCCCAACAAAUUCAACCAAAAGACAAGGAAUCCAGAAUGCUUCAAGAAAUGGAAAGAGAAUUCGCUGAAAACCAGAAGAAAUUGGCAGCGGCAGGGUCAGUAGAGUCAGAAGAUAGAAUCUCUGGGAAUGAGAGUUUUGAUCAUAUGAAGAGUCCUGUAGUGGAAUACGACUACAAUGGUCGUCGAAUCCAGAAGAAACAAUCUCGGAGCAAAUCACCAGCUAAUCUCAGACAUAAAUCAGCUGCUAGAAUGGAUUCUGUGGACUCAGAAGCAACGAAUAGAUCAUUUGAGACGGCAGACUCGUUAGCAGAUUCAGAAGAUUUUGAAGUUGCCAUGGCGAUGAGCGGUGGAGCGAAGCGUAAUGCACCAUCUACAAUCAGAAGUCGAAGUGUUGAUGAUUUCCUAGAUGACAGAGGACCCAGGCCAAGGAAGGAUAGACACGAAAGUCGGAAAUCGCGCAUCCCCACCCCUGUUCAUUUUAACUCCGGUCGAAAAUCAGUGACAGGAGUUCCGUACCACGAUUCUGAAGCUUCAAAGUCCGCCAUGAGAAGCAACAUAGAGGGAGUAGGGAGUCAUGAGAUUGAACGAAACCAUCAGAAGAAGGGUCAAAGGUCACAGGAAGGCAAUGCAAGAGAUAGAGGAUGGCAGAAUGCUGAUAUGGACAGGUAUAGGAACCAACCACAACGAGAAUUCCACCCUCAGAAGGAGAACAUCCAACCCCCUAUUCCAUCUCACAUCAGGUCUGUUGAGGAAUACAAUUUAGACGGCCAAGAAUGCUUCACAUUCGGUCGCCAUGGCAACACAAAAACAAAACCUCCUCGGAAAAACGCAGACCAUUUGCGCAACGAUCAAAAUAACCUUAAAACCCGCAAUGCAGAAUUUUCCGAUAUAAAGGCGCAGUACUUUCGCCAGGAUGACUCUCAUCGUCCCAUGGAAAAUCGAUUCGCAGAGAAGGAUCGCGACUAUAAUCACAAUUCAAAUAAUAACAAUAACUCAGACAUGAUUGGUCAAUCAUUGGACCAAUCACAAGAGCCCAUACCACCACCAAGGAAAAAAGGAGGGUAUCACCGUAGCAACCUGCAUUCCUCACCUGCUGAUUUGCUGAAACCGAAUUCAGUGUCAUCCAAUCAAAUUCAUUCCCGCCCAAAUGCCUCAACUAAUCAAAUUGAAAGUUACCAAUAUGAGAGAAAUGAACCUAAAAAUGAGAGACAUUACUCCGAGCCAAAAUAUUCAUCCACUAGAGGUCAGCAGCAGUAUUUACUGACCCAACAGAGCGCGCAAGACCAGUAUCGGAUAAAUCCUUCAUCGAAUAAAGGUCAACAUCAGUAUUCAAUGGGCCAACACUCACAAGAUCAUUAUGGGCAAAAAUCACCAUCCGCUAGAGGUCACCAGCAAGUUAUUCCUUCCCAACACCCCCAAGAUCGGAAUGAUUCAGGAAUCGAGAUUGGUACGGAUCCCGAGUCCCCAGGUUCGAGCUCGGCAAUGUCUAUGAGGUCGGCAAUAAAUGGAGACAACAGUCUUGGGGCGAAAUCUGGCACUUCUGGUGGCUCUGUCUUUUCUCCCGACUAUUCAUCACACCAAAUACAACCAAAUACUAAAUGGGACCAAAGUAACCAAUCUGCAUACCAACUUGGACGCGCCCAAACCACUGUACCAAACCAUGGCGUUAUGGAAACAACCAGCGGAAAAUAUUACUACGUUUCUCCAACUAGUCGUAACAACCCGAGACUUCAUACUGGUUACGAUAUACCAAACCAAAACCAACCGUACCAACCAAGUUCUGGUUACUAUAGUUCACCAAGCAAAACUCCAAACCAGCUUACCAAAUCCCCAUCACCAAGCAAUUACCAAUCAAACCAAUCAGCAAAACCAUACUACCAACCAGAAAAACAAUAUUCACCACAGAAAACCAAUUACGACCAAUCCCAUGGUGACCAUUCACAUAGUGUAACCAAUACGUACCAAUCACCUGGUUACCAUUCCACAUCUGGUCCUUAUUCAACAACCAUAGGCAACCAGAAAGCAACUCCUGAGCACCCUCAAGUGUCCCAAACACGAGUUUCAAAACGUCCAAAUUUUAACGACUUUUUCAACGACAACCAAAAGUUGAAGAAUUCGCUGAGUAGUCUCAGCCAGUUGUACAGUGAAAAUGACUCUAAGCCUUCAUACGGGAGCGCAUUCCAGUUAGAAGAUGAUCCCCUAAUUGAUGGACGGCAACAUGGGUCGCAUAGGUCAUAUGAAAAUGCAUUCACACUAUCUCCAACAGCAUCGUUAGAUCACAAAAAAGUCGCUGGUGCGCGAAUUCCGCAAUAUAGUAAUCCUCCAGAUUACGGGCAUGAAAAAAUAAGAGGGGCACCACCUUCACCAAAUCGAAGGGAUGGUAAUAACAAUCUUGGGCAAUCUACCAUUAGUGGUGGUCAGUAUUCAUCAACUGACACGCCCCCUGCUCCACCCCCUCGUCAAAAAUCCCAUAAAGCUCUUGAGAAAACAAAACUUAGCAAUCUUGGCCCAAAAUAUUACUCCCAUAUUUCAAAUGAUGACUAUACCCAAGGCAGUGGGGAUAAUUUCAGAUUCGCUAACGGAAUUGACUUGCAAAAAGCAAAUGAAGACCAGGAGGCAAUGUAUGUGUAG